AUGGUGCUGUGGGCACUGGAGGCGGGAGCCAAGACCUGCCGGGCCUCUGGAAAGAAGAAAUUCAAAUUUAAAGCCUUCAAGAGCUUUUUUGGCAAGAAGAAGAAAAAAGAGCCUGAAGAUGCCCAGGGAGAGAGGGAGCUCAAACUGAGCUUGUCCAGCGGUAAUAUUAACAUCUCUUCUCUGAAGCCAGUUCUGGAAAGUCAACACAUCAAGCCUAGGGCCAAGAGCAGCAUGGGGAACAAAUCCCUGUCCCAUGACAGCAUCUUCAUGGUGGAGCCUGAGCUGCAAAGAUCAGCAAGCAAAAUAUGCCCCUUUCUAGAGAUCCAGAGAGGCAGAUCUCUGCAGAGAUCUCAUGUUUUUAGGACUCUGCCAAGAGCUGGAACUGGCAGUAUGCAUGGAGCUGUGUUUGGAGCUGGGCCCCAAUAUGCAUCCAGAAGUGGCGUCUGGGUUGCAGGCUCCAAGAUCACUGAGAUCCCGCCCCUGCGCCCACGCCAGCCCAGCAUCAGCCCACCUCUUAUCCGAUCUGACACAAUCUCUAAGGACUUGGAAGAAAUCUCUGUUGAUGAUGAGUCACCUAAAAGCCCACAAAAGAAGGUUUCAUCACACAAGAUCUUGACAUUGAAGAAGAGCUCCUUUGAGCCCUCAUCUGGACCCGUUCGCUCCCAGUCCUUGACCACAUUUGCCGUGCUCCCCUCUCCCAGCAGCACCCAGGUGCCUACUGUUUUCAGCGCCCCCGCCACCACCCAGGGCUGUUUGGAUUCUUCAGCUGCUCGACACAAGAUGGCUUUAAACCCCCGGAAACAAAAGCAAAAGAAGAACUUUCAGGCGACUGCAAAACCAGAGCAGGAGGAGCCAAGCCUUCUACUGGUUUCUGAAAAAGAGAAGAGCCCAACCAAAUCGAAAGAAGCUGAUCAAAAGAAACCAAAAAAGGACAAUGCAGGUCCUUCAAGCCAGGAACAGAGCAACAAAACUGAGGUUUAUGAACAGAAGACAACAGAUCAGACUGCACACACAGAUGCUGCUGGGAGUCAGGGCUCCCCAUUGCCAGCAGCACACAGGAGACGGCAUGGAGGAAAAGGAUCAAGUACCUCGGCAACGAGUGAGUGUGGAUCCAAAGGAAGAAGCUUUAAACAAUCCAGCCGCGCACUUGGCCUAGGUGAUGGAACUGGGUCCCCACCUGCUGAUAAGACUUCCCAGGAUUGCCCUUUCUGGAACCUGCCCUUGGAGAAGCAAGACAUGGAGCAGCCCACACCUCCACAAACAGAAAGCACUACUCCGCAGGAGCCGCUUGCAGGUAAAGAUGACUUGGGAAGGAGAAAUGCUGGUACAGAUUUCGAAGCCAGAAAAGCAUCAGCAUCAGAGCCCACACAUGAAGACAUGGAAGAAUUCCCAGCUAGUGGCCCCUCCCCAUGCCAUGAAGACAGGGCUUCUGGAGCCAAGAAGGCAGAAGCCAUAGCUGCUCUUUUGCCAGUGGUAGAAAGCCCUUCGACAACCCAAGAUGUCAUUUACUCAGUGGCAGUGGAGGAUCAGAUGUUUAUGGAUUCUUCUCAUAGCCAGUCAGAAGAAGAAGAAGACGCUUCCAGCUUUGAUUUGAAAAGUGUCCAAUUUAAAAUGAAGUCAGCUCAAGAUACCUACAAAGAAAAGCCUCCCAGAAAUGUUCUCCAGGCCUUUCCAGCAAGCACUGCGGCUACAGCAGGUGCUUUGGCAGAGGGAGGCGUUUCUGCAGAGAGGCUGCCUCCCAGAAGCCUUUCCCAGUCCUUGGGGAAACCGAAAGCUGAAGCAGUCCCCUCAGAUUCGGAGAGUACUUCAGAGGCAGGGAGUGGUUCUGAGCAGCACCUGACUCCUGGCUACUCUUUCCAGCCCCCGAAGAAGGUCAAAAAUGAACAAGAUGUCUUCCCAGAGUCAAAAAGUUCAGCUGGGGAACUGAGCGGUCCUAAGCAGCAGCGGGUGCCUAGGUAUGCUUCCCGGUCCUUGGGGAAGCCCAGAGCCAAAGCCGUCUGGUCAGAUUCAGAGAGUGCUCUGGAGGUAGGCGGUGGCGCCGAGCAGCAGCAGCCUCCCACGCACCCUUUCCAGCCCUUGCGGAAGUCCAAAGGUGGCCAAGGAGUCGUGGCAGGAUCUAGUCUGGUUGUGCAAAGGAGCAGUUCUGAUGAGCAGCUGUCUCCCAGAUGCGCUUCCCAGGCUUUGAGGGAGCCCGAAGAUGAAGCCUCCACAGGAUCAAAUAGUUAUGUUGAAAGAUACAGUAGUGCUAGGGAUUGGAACAGCUCUGAGGAAGAUCUGCCUCCCACACACCCUUCCCAGGCCUUGGGGAGACCCAAAGACCAAAAAGACGUCUCCUCUGUUUCAAAGACGGGACCUGACGUAUGGGGUGUUUCUGUGGAGCAGAUGCCUCCCAGGAACCCUUUCCAGACCUGGGUGAGACCUCAGUUUGAGCAACAAGCCCGUGCAGGACCUGAGAGCACUGCUGAGGAGUGGGGCAUUUCCAUAGCGCCACUGCCUCCCAGAGUGACCUCUAAGCGCCUGACGAAGCCGAAAGUUGAGUCACCAAUCUCCUCCGGUCCAGAAAUUACUACUUCUAUGGAGCUGCCACCUCCAAGACAUCCUUCUCAGCCCCGAAAGAAACCACUAGGUGAGCAAGAGAUCUCGGCAGGGCCAGAGGGCACAGCUGCUGAGGGGGGCAUUUCUGCAGAGCCGCUGCUGCCCAGAUAUCAUUCUCAGCCCCUGAUGAGACCUCUAGCCCAGCAACAAGUCUCUUCAGGGCCAGAGAGCGCUGUGGCCGAGGGGAGCCUUUCCAGGGAGCCCCUGCCUUCGCAAGUUCUUGUCCAGCCCUUGACUUGCCCUAUAGCCGAACAAAAUGUAUGUUCACGUUUGGAGGGUGUUGCUGCUGAGAAGGCCAUUCUCCUGGAGACAUUGCUCCCUAAAUAUUCUCCCCAGUCCUUGACAGAUCCUCAAGUCCAGGAGCUCUUCCCAGAGGACACUGCUAUGGAGGAGAGCAUGUUUGCCCAGCUGCUGCCUCCCAGAUGCCCAUCCCAGCUCUCGGUGAGACCUAAAUUCUGGCCACAGACCGUCCCUCUGGACUCGGUGAGCACCGCUGCAGAGUGGAGCAGUCCUGGGGAGCCGAUGUCUCCCAGAUAUACCUUCCAGCAGCCCUGGGUGAGCCCCACAUUCGAGCAACAAGCCUCUGCACGUCCAGAGAGUGCUGCCAAUGAGUGGGGCAAUUCCAUGGAGCCAGUGUCUCCCUGGGUGACUUCUCAACCCCUGGCGAGACCAAUAGUCAAACAACCAAUCUCUGCAGGUCCAGAGGGUGUCGCCAUUGAAGGGGGUGCUUCUCCUGAACUAUUGCCACCCAAACCUUCCCGAUCCACUGUGAAACAUCGAGUCCACCAAAUGUCAAGUUUUGAGAGUGCUGCUGUUGAGGUGGGCAUUUCUGGGAAGCCACCGCCUCCCAAAUAUCCUGCCCAGGUCGUUAAAAAGGCUAAUGUCCAGGAAAUGUCCUCACAUCUAGAGAGCACUGCUGCUGAAGAAGGCAUAGCUCAGAAAUUGGUGCUGCCCGGGCAGUCGUUCGUGAAGUUUAUGGCCCAGCAGGUCUUUUCAGAGAGUCCUGCUACUGAGGAGGGGAUUUGUGUAGAUCUGCUAUCUACAAAUCAACCUUCCAAAUCUGUGCUGAGGCCUAAAGCCGAGCACCAAGUUUUCUCAGGCUGGGAGAGUAGCAGUAUUGAGGGGGACCUUUCUCUGAAGCAGGUGCCUACACCCAGCCCUGUAGAGAGCUUGGAGAGGCCCGAAGGCCUGCAAGAAGUAUUCUCACAUUCCGGGAGUGCUCCUGUGACAUGGAGCAGUUCUAAAGAGCCGCUGCCUCCCAGACACCUUGCCCAGGCAUUGGGGAAGCCUCAGUACCAGCAAGACAUCGCCUCCGUUUCUGAAGAAUGGAAGAGUUCCAAAGAGCAGCUGCCUGGCAGAUGCCCUGUGCCAGCCAAGGAUGAGUCUCAGCCACAGACUUUCUCGGCAGGCCCCAGGAGUGCCCCCAUGGAGCUGGGCGGUUCGGAGGAGCACCUGCCUCCCAGACACCCCUUUCAGGCUCUUGCAGACCUGGAGCAUAAGCAACAGGUUUAUUCAAGUUCCACAAGUGCUGCCACUGAGGGAACUGUUUUUGAGAGGAGCUAUAGCUGCUGGUCCCUACCAAGAGCCCCAGCUUCUCCAAACAAAAGCAAGAAACACAGCCAGAGCUCCGAAGACCUCAUUAAGACUGUCCCGACUCCUGCUACCAAACCCGUGAAGUUUGCCGUGGCUCCUGCUUGGCAAACACCCACUACUGGAGCCACUUACUCUAACGAGGAAGUUCUUGAGAGUGGUGAGCAGAGUACCAGCCACUCAAAUUCAUCCACCAAUGGGGCUGAGGUUGAAAACCUUUUUGGAGUCCGGCUAAGAAAAACCUGUUCUUCCCAGGAGAGUGAGAAACAGGAUUUUGCCAAGCUUCCUUCCCCUUCCUCGGGCCCAGUCUCCUCUUCCACAGGGAGAGAACAGCACAUCAAAAAAAGGGCUUCCCAGGGGCUCCUGGGCACUGCACAGAACCUCCCUGCAGUAUCUAGCUCUGCAGAGAGGCCACAGAGGAGGCCCAAAUCUGAAAGCAUGGCCAAGAAGCAACCUGCGUACAGGACCCCAGGAAAAGCUCCUGGUCGACAGUCAGAUUUUGCCACCUCAGAGCCAUCUUGGAUGACCACAGUAAAGCAGAGGCAGGGGAGUUCCCAGGCCAACCUUCCUGCCAAAGAGCCAAAAACCAAGAGUAGAGAUGGAGCCAAGGCUGAGACUAAGGAGCCUAGACAUGGGAGAGCUGGCCUUGCAAAUGAAAACAAACCAAGAAGGACUUUGACUUCAGAUGUCAAUAGACAGGAGAAGAUGGCACGGAUGAAGCCACUGAAGACUAUCAAAACAGGAUUUGAAGAUGAGAAGAUAGUUCACGUACCUUCUGUGGAAGAGGAAACCAGAAAGUGUUCAACUCUCCCAGCCGUUCUGCAACAGCCAGUGGAGCCAGCAGAGCCAGUCUGGUUCUCCCUGGCCAAGAAGAAAGCCAAAGCAUGGAGCCAUAUUGCAGAAAGCAUGCAAUAAAUAGCUCCUAGGUGGAGUAUCAGCAUUUCAAAUGAUAAUUGCCAAUAGCUGUAUUAAUGUCAUGUAGGGAUUUAUUUACUAUAACCAUUUUAUUAAGCAUAAGAACUUUUAACUGGAAAUUAUUAUUUUAAUGAAACCAAUGCCACGAGUGCCUUUCAGUACAGUCACUGCCAGCAUCUGAAAACCCAGCAUUUCCUCUAUUAAAACUAUGUAAAAUGUUUGCACUGCAGCGGAAUUGAGAAACCUCUAACUUUGGACAACGUGCUUUAGCAGGGAGAAAGCUGAAACAUUUUGUUGGAGGCACUAAGAGGUAGUCAUUUCCCUUGAUCAAGUAACUUCAUUCUAAUGGAAAUGUCCAGAUGGACAUUAGGUCCAAGGAUUGGCUUUUAGGUUUUAGGAGCCUAGUUAAAUGCUUCAGUUCUUUGGUUGCUGCUCAAAACUUUGCAAAGCCCCCUAAGAAGUGAAAAUUCUGGGUCCCCAAGAAAAAUGUUUGCAUAGCCAGUCCUCCAGUCAGCCCUUUGAAACACCUUCUUUGUAUCCCUGAGGGCCCCCAGUGCCUGCAGCUUAUACAGAGCUCUCUUUGCAAGUGUCCAUGUCAACCUAUUGCUGGUCUGGCAGCAGUGAGCACCUUCCUUCGAGGCAAAACAUUGCUUGGGGAUUGUCAUACUCCUCUGAAUGGUGUUUUAUCUUUUGCCUGAUGCCUCGGUGACCCUCUCUAGUUGCUCAGAAGUGUAUUGCAUGUCACACACAUCCUAUAUUUUUAAGCACUUGAGACCCAUUGAAAUUCAAAAUUCUACAGAUGCCAAAGGCUGUGGUUUCAAUCAGGUAGGUGGGGAGCCUUCCACAAAAGACGUCUGGGGAUACUAGAGAGAGUUGUCUUACACCCUGGCUUCAGCCUUGGGGUAAAGACCUUCGAGUAGCCCAAUUUCUUGUCUCUUUCCCUCAGCAGCCCCUGUUUCACAAGAUUUUAGCCCAAAGCAAGACUGCUAUCUCAAAGCCAUAGAACAACCAGCUUUCUGCUUACUGGAAGCCUGAAGUGACUGAAUCAGCCUUUUCCCUGUCCUCAUUCCUAGAGGCACACACCUCAAUGGUCACUAGGCUGGACAGCCCCACCUCCCCAGUGAACGUCUCCCCACCAAGUCCUUCCUCUCUAUUCCAUCCCCCAAACACACUAAACACUGAGAGCCCCCUUUGGAUACCUGGUCAGUGCCUAGCUCAUUUUCUUAGGAAACCCAGAAGUGUCUUAGUGUACCUUUCACUGUGUCUGCCUCUGUCACCUUAGGGCUACUUUGCUUAAACAGAAAUGUAGGCUUAGGUAUAACUGUGCCUUGAAAUUCUGAGUAGGGUGCUGCCUCAUACCAAAAAAAAAAAAAAAAAAAAAAAAAAUUCGGAGAGGCUGUAAGGUGCCAGAGCUAAUUUAAACCCUUGAUGCUUGGUUUUCCUGAUGAUGGUAUAACGUGAUACUGUAUGCUGGAUUUUAAGUUUUCUCUAUAAAAUAUCUAUUUUUUUCCUGAUACUGUAUCUCUGCCUUUUUGAUAAUACUAGGUUUUUGAUUGGUUGGGCUUGAUUUCCUUUGCAUUCUUCUAGUGAAGAGUUCAUUUAGGUCGAAGCCUUUUACCCAGGUAAUCCUGGUCAAUUAACUGUUACACCUUCCUUUCUCCUUUUCUUAGAGUGGACCACUGUUAGGUUAUUCUCACUCUAAGUAAGAACUCUCCAUUAACAAUUUCUUUUUCACAGUUAACAAAAAUAUGUCUUAAGAGGUUGAGGUUUUUUAAUGCCUAGAGGCACGUUCUGACAAGUUUUCAGCUUCUUUUAGCACUCUUCGUUUCUGCUAUACACAAAUAAAUUCAA